AUGAAGGCUACUUUCUAUCUCGCCGCAAUCCAGCUGCUGGCCAGCUCCGUUUGCGGUCUCCCGCUGAAGGACAGCCAGAUCCCAGGAGACCUCGACGCCCCUGCUGGCAGCGCAUGGGUUGAGAAGCGCCAGAGUAGCUCCUGGAGUCCCCCAGCUAAUCUCGUCAAGCCUCUCAACGAGGUCUGGGAGCACCAAAUGGCCACCUACAGCGACCCGAUGGGAUUCAAGAACUACGGCUACGACCAGGUGAUUGCCGGCCGCGGUAAAAUCAACUACUGCGUGCGCUGGGAUUCAAGCAAGAAGGUAACCGCCGCACAACGCAACCAGAUCGCCGCUGCGGUGAACCGCUCCUUCAACAAGUGGAUCGCUGGGCUCGCCGGUUUCGACGGCUUUCCGUAUAACACGGUCGAGGUGAAGGUCGUCGGCUACGCCGUGCGCGAUCGGUCCCUCCUGGAAGGCGACACCUCGGGACUGGACAUCUACACCAACACGGACGAAGGCGGGAUUCCCGAGUGCGAUCCGCGGUGUGGACGGUUCUUCCACCAGGACGGUGAUUAUAGUCAGUGUCCGGGCGGUGCGAGCCGUCACUAUGACGAGAGCUUAUGGCUCACGGAUGGUUUCCAGGGCGGCGCGGGCGGCGACUGGGGCCAGCGCAUGGGCCAGGAGUAUUUCAUGCAGAAUGUCAACUCGGAGAAUAUCCAUAUUUAUCUACAUGAAAUUGGACAUACGUUUGGCUUGGAUGAUUUCUAUGACUGGACUCCUACUGGCCAGACGAACUUCAUCAUGCUUGCAGGCAGUGCGACACAGAUCACCGAGUUUGAUAUCUGGAUGCUCCGUGACUGGUGGCGUCAUCUGAAGAACCGGUACAAUCUGUAG